AUGGACAAUCCAUAUACUCAGGGGAAACAGAAGAGCAAGACGGGACAAAGGGCAAAGAAGCUCUCUUGGAUGAAGCGUUUCAUGAGCAACUCUACAACAGGUUCUCAGUCACCACAACCGUCACAACCCCAACAAUUGGGGAAAUCACUGCAUUCUUCAAACAAGGGCAGGAAGACGCAAACUGUCUUGCCCCACAGAGAUGGCUCAGUUUCAACCAGAGAGACUACACCGAAACACGAGCUCUACAACAGGCGGUUACGUAUUAGUGACAUUACUAGUAUUGAAAACGACGAAUUGGAGAGUUUCAUCUCGUCCAAUGGAUCAACCACUUUGAUAAGACAGGAGGCUUAUCAGCGCCAGUUUUACACCAGAACGCCCAACAUAAACACUAACCUGAAUACAAAUGGCAAUGGCAAUGGCAAUGGCAACACAGAUACAAUGACGGUAUCUUCGAUAAAAUCCAUAUACUCUUCAAAACACCACUCUGUCUAUUCAUCAGCUAACGCUAGUAUUGCUAGCUCUCAAAAAAAUCAUACUAUGGGGAGCCAAAAUCUAACAUCUAUACCCGCUUCUCCAACCCCAACUUUCCAUUCGGCUAGUCUUUACAGUAACCAUUUAUACCCAAACAUCCUAUACCAACUCAACGGUGACGGGGAUCAAGACUCCCAAUCAAUCAAUACUUAUAACGCUAGUAUGAUCAAUAAUGUUGAUCUUAGAAGCACUUCCGGCUCAAUGCUCGACGACAAUAUUAGUACAAAGCCUAUCUUGUCACUUUCCUCUGAUGAUGAUGAUGAUGAUGAGGAAGGAGACGAGGAUGAAGAAUACACCGAUGCUGAUGCCAACUUUGAGGUUGAUCUGGAUCCACAUCCCGGUGUUAGAGGAACAGAUACAAAAGUUGGAGAUAGAAGUGUCGAUGCUGACAUUGACAAUGAUGAUUUCAGUUUCAUCCGAAGCACUGGCAGUGCUGCGAACGAGCCUACUUAUCUGAGUACUCCGAGUGCAUGCGAUACUGGUGUUUCUCAUAUUCACUCUUCUCAGGAUAUACUGUACUCGAAUCCCGAUCGACUCGAUGAUUUUGAUGGGUACUCAAUGGAUGCAAAGUCCAGGUACGCCGUGUCCUCUAAGUCCAUGGCAUUGACGACCCUUUCGGGAUCUGUUCUGUCUCCAAUGCUUCAGACCAUAAACUCAGCAACAACGAUGGCUACCUCUGUUACGAACCAUACUUCACACACAACGCAGACAAACUAUAAUACGGCAGCCUCUGUGUUGACAUUGGCAAGCUCCUCAAGACUAGCACAUGCGUAA